AUGCCGUUAAAGUAUCAAUGUUGUGUGCCAAUGUGCAAUUCUUCAAAGAAAGUAAAUAGCCAUAUAAGUUUUCAUAAAUUUCCAAGUGAUAAUGAAGCAAUAAAAAUAGGUGGUAAAAUGAUUAACAGAAGGCAACUUUGGAUAGAAAAUCUGAAACUUUCCAAUAUAAAUGUACGUACCAGAGUAUGUUCUCUUCAUUUUAAAGAAAGUGAUUUUUUCAAAGCGGCAAACAAAAAAACUAAAAGUCUUUUUUUAAAAAGAAUUGCAAUACCAUCAAUUAACAAUGAAAAAUCAGAAUAUCCAACACAUCCUUCCUGUAUUCCAUCUAUGUUUCCCAAGGAUGAAAUCAAUAAGAAUGUAAUAAAUGAAACACAAACAACAGAAAUGGUUGAUUUCAAUAAUAUCGAUCUUAAUAAAGUAUGUGAAGAUCCAACGCGAUCUUCCUAUAUUCCAUCUAUUUUACACGUCGAUGAAAUCAAUAAGAAUGCAAGAAAUGAAAUACGAACAACAGAAAUGGUUGAUUUCAAGAAUAUUAAUUAUGAUCGAGUAUGUAGGGGUUGUUUAUCACAAGAUGAUAACUUAAAAUCAAUGAAUGAAUCAAUAGAAGAUGAUGUACAUGAUAAUAAUAUUCUAUUAUCUGAUAUGUUUAUGGAUUGUACUUCAAUUCGGAUUGACGAUAAUGAUAAUUUACCGAAACAAAUUUGCGAUUUUUGUGUAUCCCAAAUUAAUCAAUUAUAUUUAUUUAAAAAAAACUUUAUUCAAUGA